CGAUCUCUCUUCUCUCCACAUGACCUUCAACCAAUAAAGGGCAACCAUAGGCACCUUCAAAUCAAGCUUGCGGCCAUGGCUUUUUGUACAAAAUCAUGGGGAACAGAGACUAGCUCCUCAUGUCACUAUGCAGCAAGCCUCUCCAGUCAUUAUCAAGGGAACAUGCUGUCCCAUGGCUUGAAAUUAAAGAGAAACGUCUUUGGAGUUGCGAGAGGCUGCAACUGCAAGUGCAUCAGUGGCACUGAAGCCCUUCACUAUAACAUCUCAGAAUCUGAGAAGAAAUUUGUUGAGAUUCUCAGGGAAGCUCAGCCGUAUAUUUAUCUGCACAGAGGCAAUACAUUUGUUGUGAUACUAUCUGGGGAAGUGAUCGAUGGUCCUUUCCUGGACCCCAUCCUCAAGGAUAUUGCAUUUUUACAUCACCUGGGGAUUAAGUUUGUGUUAGUCCCGGGAACUCAUGUCCAAAUUAACAACCUUUUGGAAGAGAGAGGGCAUGAGCCUAAGCAUGUUGGUCAAUACAGAAUUACUGAUUCUGAAGCCUUGGAGGCCUCAAUGGAGGCUGCAGGGAAGAUUCGUAUGAUGAUAGAGGCCAAGCUUUCUCCUGGACCUUCCAUAUGCAAUAUUCGUCGACAUGGUGACAGUAGUCGUUGGCAUGAUGUGGGUGUCAGCGUUGCUAGUGGUAAUUUUCUUGCAGCCAAGAGAAGAGGAGUUGUUGACGGGGUUGAUUUUGGAGCAACCGGUGAAGUAAAGAAAGUAGAUGUUACUCGUAUGCGCGAAAGGCUUGAUGGUGGUUGUAUAGUUGUGUUAAGUAACUUGGGUUAUUCCAGCUCUGGAGAAGUCUUAAAUUGCAACACAUACGAAGUUGCUACAGCUUGUGCCUUGGCUAUUGGGGCAGAUAAGCUUAUUUGCAUCAUAGAUGGUCCAAUUUUGGAUGAGAGUGGACAUCUUAUUCGUUUCUUGACUCUGGAAGAAGCAGACAUGUUGAUUCGUAAGCGGGCUAAGCAAAGUGAGAUAGCUGCUCAUUAUGUCAAAGCUGUUGGUGAUGAAGAUCUCACUUUUCUUGAACACAAUGAGUCUAUUGGAAUUCUUGCGUCAUCGCUGAAUGGAAAGGCUCUCAGUGGAAGGCACAGCGCAACCUUUCACAAUGGUGUUGGGUUUGACAAUGGAAAUGGACUAUGGUCUGGGGAACAAGGUUUUGCUAUUGGAGGUGAAGAGCGACAAAGUCGAUUAAAUGGUUAUCUUUCAGAAUUGGCUGCUGCAGCUUUUGUUUGCAAAGGUGGUGUUCAAAGAGUACAUCUUUUAGAUGGCACAAUUAGUGGCGUUCUGCUGCUAGAACUGUUUAAAAGAGAUGGAAUGGGGACAAUGGUGGCUAGUGAUCUUUAUGAAGGAACUAGGAUGGCUAGAGUGACAGAUCUUGCAGGAAUCAGACAAAUUAUACAACCUUUAGAAGAAUCUGGCACAUUGGUUCGGAGGACUGAUGAAGAGCUGCUUAAGGCAUUGUAUGCCUAUGUUGUUGUGGAAAGAGAAGGUCAAAUCAUUGCUUGUGCUGCUCUUUUUCCUUUCUUUGAGGAGAAGUGUGGAGAGGUUGCUGCCAUUGCAGUUUCUCCUGAAUGCCGGGGACAAGGGCAGGGGGAUAAAUUACUUGAUUUCAUUGAGAGGAGGGCCUCUUCCCUUGGUUUGGAAACACUUUUCCUGCUUACAACCCGUACCGCAGAUUGGUUCAACAGACGCGGCUUCUCCGAGUGUUCCAUUCAAUUGAUACCAGAGGAAAGAAGGAAGAAGAUCAAUCUAUCUCGUAAUUCCAAGUAUUACACGAAGAAAUUACUACCUGGUACUAGUGGAAUUAGUGUUAAUAGAGCAUUCAGUUAAGGUUUUACUGCAGCAUGGCAUGGUACGGCCGACCUCAUCAUGAACCGGUGAAGCCACUUCCGAAUUUAUCUGUUCUUAUAUCUUUCUUUUUUUGCCCUUAAUUCGCUGUAGUUCUGAGCAUGGUAUGUAACAGUUUAAGGCACAUGGAAAACCUUAAAUUGUAUAUCAGAAUCUCACGAGGCUUGUACUUCAUAUAUCUAUGUAAAGUUCGUUUUUGUCCA